AUGGACUACAGGUCCUCCUACCGUCAGUAUGACCGCUCCGCACCCGCGUCGGCUACAGACAACCACCACGCACCACCCACAGACGAAUACAACAAGCACAACCUAGACGACUCGUACGAUCGCUCCAGAAAGCGAGGCCGCUCCCCUUCUCCGCCCUACUAUCGCGACGACAGACGCGCCAGCGCCUACAACGACUACCAUCCCUCCGCAGACCCCUGGGACCGUCCACGCGACUCGCGCGACUACCGUGACCCCGAGCCCUACGCAUCGCGCUCCUCCGCCGCCGCAGCCUACGACCACUACCGCUCCGCAGAUCCCUACGACGACCGUGCAGAUCGCUCGCGCGCCGCAGAGUGGGAUCGCUACUACCGCGAGAGGGAUCACAGAGACCACGACCACCGCCCCACCUAUGACGAUCGCGAGCGCUACGAGGCCAGAUCCAGGUACGACGAUGCCCCACCCGCUACAUCCGCAGACAGGGACGACCGUCCGCGCAUCCGCGAGCGAGAACGCAACUAUCCUUCCUACGACUCACACCAUCGCAGAGACGACCACGCUCCGCACUCGGAUCUCGCGUCCAAUGCACCCGACCCCAUGCAGUCCGACACGCUGCUCCCCUUCCGCCAGUACGCACAGAUGAUCCGUGCCGCGCAUCCAUCCGCACGCGACAGAUCCAUCGACCAGCCCAACACCCAGGAGAUCUACGACGGCUACCAGUCCUACAAGGCCGCCUUCAACAAAAAGGCCAUCGCUACCUUCUUCCAGCAGCGCAAGCACGAAGCUUGGUUCUUGGAGAAGUACUCGCCCCUCGACCCCUGGCUUAGCGCACGCAUCGAGCGCAAGAAGGCCGCACGUACCGGCAAGAAGCACGCCUGGCUCAACGAGCUCCAGCAGGGCAAGCUCGACAAGCUCAACUACGACAUCAUCGGCACCGACGACGACUCGGCUUCGCGCCGCGACGAAUCCUACGACGGCGGCGACCAUCACGACUCCCGCGGUCGUGCCGAACCUACCGACGUCACGCUGCUCUCGCGACACGGCGAGCCCGAAACGCUGCAUGCAGAGCAGGCCAUCAUCCCCGCCUGCUCCCACCAGAUCCUCGUAAAGACCUAUCCCGCCGACGUGCCGCGCGAGAAGCUCGAGGAGCUGCUGCGCACCAAGCCCGGCUUCCGAUACCUCGCGCUCGGCGAGCCGCACGUCGGCAAGCGAUGGCAUCGCGUCGGCUGGGCCAUGUACGAGCCCGACAUCGACAUGGACGACACGCUCAACGCGCUCCAGGGCAAGGACGUCGACGGCUUUGCGCUCAACCUCGCUCCGUGCUCCAAGCCCACCUCGAGCAAGCUGCGCACCGUGCCCGAAUACGCAAACUCCUUCCACCGCCUCCUCACCGACCUGAGGCAGUGCAAGCAGCUCGUCGAGCGCUUCGAGUCCGAAGACCGCCAGGUGCUCUUCCGCGACUUGCUCGAGGCGGACGCCAGCGCGGCCUCAUGGCUCGACACCAACGCCUCGGACGCCAUCCUGGAGCGCAUCAAGCACACCGACCCGGAGCUGGUGGACGACGACCUCGAGCGCGGCUACGACGCCGACGAAGACGCCACCAAGCGCGAAGAGCGUCGGCGCCUCCUCAAGCGUCAGCUCGAUCUGCAUCUGGACCUGCUGCGCACCGUGUACUUUUGCGACUACUACAUCUCGCUCUGCUGCGAGUUUGAGGAGGAGCUUCUGCGACGCAGUCCGCGGCAUGCGCGCAAGCAGCCACCCACGGGCCAGCUCGUCGAGGACGCGCGCGAGGGGACCAACGACGAAUCGUGGGCACGCAGUGUGGAUCAAAAGACGUUGCUGCUGCUCGCCGAUGAGCGCACGGAUCUCACCGAGGCGGGCGGCAAGAGUGUGGAUGCGGAGCUCAUGGCUGCUGCACUGGCGUACGUCAAGGAGGAGGACAAGGAGAAGCAUCGAUGCACGGUUGAUGCCGGGGCGGGGCAGUGUGGCAAGCUGUUCAAGGCGGCCAUUUUUGUGCAGAAGCACAUCCUCAACAAGCACCGCGCGUUUAUCGAGGCGCAGGCGCAGACGACGCUCGAAGAGGUGCACUUUUUCAACAACUACGUUCGCGAUCCGUGCCGUGCUACUACGCAGCUCGGUGUUGCGCGCGGCGACGGUGCGCCGUUGGCGCAGCGUAUCGACUCGUCCAACGGCAUGUACAGCAGCGGCGGACGCAUGGGUAUGAUCCGGUUCGGCAACGCCAGUGCGGCCGAUUCGCCGCGUCGCCAGCCAGGCGCCGGAGCGCCCGCACUGGGCAUGCGACUCGGCGGAGUGGUGACCCCCGAUGUCGGCACGCCCAUCAAGGCCGAACCGCUGCCUCCGGCACCCAAGCCGCUCGAUCCACGUGCACAGCGUGCUGCGCCCAAGUCGUACCAGGACCUCGAUGGUGCUGCCGAGGGCGAUGUGGAUCUCGCCUACUAA